UAGACAACUUAUGUUGCAAACCAGAAUGUCUAAGCCUGUUGAAUACAGGCCUCAAUGAAUGUAUCGGACAGUACAGCUAUACUAGUUAUCUAUAUUCAACCGGCCUACGAAGUGACCCUGCCUGGCGCUAGACCUGUCCACUCGACUGGGUGCGACUGGUCAGCACUUCACCUCCAUCAGUUCUCAGCCUUCUCGCUUAACUCUCGAGCGACGCUCAGCUCUUCUGCAGUAUUCUCUCCUCACUCUCCACCCCUCAGAUUAGAGAGCAAGGGCGCCUUCAACUGCGGAUCGAGAUAUGGAGCAGGCAACAUCAACUGAGAACGGUGGGGAGCUGAACCCCCUCAACAGUACAGGCCUCUGUCUACUGUCUCUUGACGGUGGCGGUGUGCGGGGACUCUCAACGCUGUACAUCUUGAAAGGACUUAUGGACCGACUGAACCAAGACCAGAAGAACGUUCCGCCGCUGAAGCCAUGCGAAGUGUUCGACCUCAUUGGCGGUACCAGCACAGGAGGACUAAUUGCAAUCAUGCUUGGUCGCCUCGAGAUGGAUGCUGACGAGUGUAUCACGGCUUACACCGAACUCAUGAAAACCGUCUUUGAAACGAAAAGGAGCUGGUUUCCAGCUAGCUGGACUGGCAAUAUAAAAUCGCGAUUCGAUACGGCAAGGCUUGAGAGUGCAAUUAAAGAGGUCAUUACUAGCCACGGAGCUAAAGAGACCGACCUCUUCAACGAUGGAGUCAAACGCGGAUGUCGGGUCUUCGUUUGCACAAUUGCAUACGAGACAAGAGAUAUCAUACGCCUAAGGAGUUAUGACUCUGGAAAGCUUCCUAUUCGUGCCACUAUCCUCCAAGCGGCACUCGCAACGUCGGCUGCCACUACCUUCUUUGACCCUGUGACCAUCGGAGCGCGCAAGUUUGCCGAUGGCGGUUUAGGGGCCAAUAAUCCGGUAGACGAGGUGGAAGGCGAAGCGUCGGACAUCUGGUGCUCUGAAACGGGAGACUUGAAGCCUCUCGUGAAGUGCUUCGUGUCCAUUGGAACUGGGAACCCAGGAAAGAAGGCGAUUGAGGAUAACAUGCUGAAGUUCCUUUCUGGCACACUUGUCGACCUUGUUACCCAGACCGAGAAUACAGAGAAGAGGUUCAUAGCCAAAUGGGCCCAGCAUUUCGAUAAGAAGAGGUACUUCCGGUUUAAUGUCGACCAAGGGCUGCAGGAUGUGGGCUUGGCAGAAUAUCAAGAGCAAGGGGCUAUCGAAGCGGCAACGGAUGGGUAUCUUGACCACAAAGCGCAGGAGUUCCGGGUACGAGACUGUAUUCAGAACUUGAAGCUCAAGCAGAGCAUGGCAGCAACUGAUCUCUCAUAUAUUAUUUCUGAAUACAAUGAACAACGUAUCGUGGAGCUGCGCGCUACUUCACGAGCGGAAGCUCUUUGGAACGUGCCUUUCCAGAAGAACCAACGGUUUGUUGGGCGGACUGCAGAACUUGCCCAGAUUAACACUUUGCUUGCAAACGAAAUCCGUUGCGAGCAGGUGGCAAUUGUUGGUCUUGGAGGCAUUGGGAAGACGCAAAUUGCACUCGAAUUCGCCCAUCAAUGGCGAGAGAAAUAUCCAGACUGUGCAGUGUUCUGGGUACCCGUAACGAACGUCAAAGGCAUGCUAGAAGCAUAUCUAGAGAUUGGCCACCAGCUACAUAUACCUAACAUUGAGAAGGAACGGGAGGACGUCCAAAAGCUUGUUCAACAUCGAUUGGGUCAAGAAGGCUUUGGCAAAUGGCUGUUGGUGUUCGACAACGCCGAUGACAUAGACAUGUGGACCGAUAAAGCAGAUAACACACUUGGCUCCAAGCGCCGAAUCGACUACCUGCCAAAGAGCAAGCAUGGAUCUAUUCUGUUUACGACCCGAAGCCGAAAGGCCGCGAUAAAGUUAGCAGGCAGAAAUGUUGUCUCGGUUGGCGAGAUGGACUACCCUAUGGCAAAGGCCUUGCUCGAGAAAUCGUUGAUCGACCAGGACCUGUUAAUUGACGACCAAGCCUCGACGGAUUUGCUCCAAAAACUCACCUAUCUCCCCCUUGCAAUUGUCCAAGCGGCUGCAUAUAUCAAUGAGAACCAGAUUAGCUUAUCUGAGUAUGCAGCUCUUCUUGACGACACAGAACAGAACGUUAUCGAUAUUCUUUGCGAAGAGUUUGAAGACGAAGGAAGAUAUAGGGAUAUUACAAAUCCGAUUGCGACAACAUGGCUGAUCUCAUUUGAACAAAUCCGGACUCGCGACCCUUUGGCAGCAGAGUAUUUGUCAUUCAUGUCAUGCAUUGACGCGAAGGAUAUUCCGCAGUCGCUCCUGCCGCCGGCGCAGUCAAACAAAAAGGCUGUGGAUGCUAUGGGGACCUUGACCGCCUACUCUUUUAUUAGUAAACACAAGGCUGACCAACUAUUGGACGUUCACCUGCUUGUACAUCUCGCAACUAGAAACUGGCUGCGAACGCAGGGCUCUCUAGGGCAUUGGACAGCCGAGGCGCUGACACGCCUAGAGAAGUUAUUUCUAGAUAGCAACCACAUGAAUAGGAGCGUGUGGAGGCUGUACCUGCGACAUGCCCGUUACGUUCUUAAGACUCCGCUGGAUGCAGAUGGAAUAUCUGAGGAGAAGAUGACGUUGCUCUGGAAGUUUGGAGCUUGUACCUAUAGUGACGGGAGAUACAAGGAAGCGGAAGAGGCUUACACGAAGCUGGUGGAGAUGAGCCUGAGGAAGCUUGGGGAGGAGCAUCCAGACACGCUGACCAGCAAGGGCAACCUGGCGUUGACGUUUGGGAAUCAAGGGCGGUGGAAGGAAGCCGAAGAGCUUGACAUGCAAGUGAUGGAGGUGAGAAAGAGGGUGCUUGGGGAAGAUCAUCCAGACACGCUGACCAGCAUGGGCAACCUGGCAUUGACAUAUUGGAAUCAAGGGCGGUGGAAAGAGGCCGAAGAGCUACAAGAAAAAGGACUAAGUAUAUAUUUUAGGGUGCUUGGGGAGGAGCAUCCAGAAACGCUGAAUAGCAUGGGCAACCUGGCGUCGACGUACAGGAAUCAAGGGCGGCGGAAGGAGGCUGAAGAGCUGGAGGUGCAAGUGGUGGAGAUGAGAAAGAGGGUGCUUGGGGAGGAACAUCCAGAAACGCUGACCAGCAUGGGGAAUCUGGCGUCAACGUACAGGUAUCAAGGGCGGUGGAAAGAGGCUGAAGAGCUUGACGUACAAGUAGUAGAAACGUUCAAGAGGGUGCUUGGGGAGGAGCAUCCAGACAUGCUGAUCAGCAUGGGCAACCUGGCGUUUACGUACAGGAAUCAAGGGCGGUGGAAGGAGGCUGAAGAGCUAGAGGUGCAAGUGAUGGAGACAAGAAAGAGGGUGCUUGGGAAUGAGCAUCCAAACACGCUGACCAGCAUGGGAAACCUGGCGUUAACGUACAUGAAUCAAGGGCGGUGGAAAGAGGCUGAAGAGCUUGACGUGCAAGGGAUGGAGAUGAGAAAGAAGGUGCUUGGGGAGGAGCAUCCAGACACGCUGAUCAGCAUGGCUAACCUGGCGUCGACGUACAAGAAUCAGGGGCGGUGGAGGGAGGCCGAAGAGCUCAACGUGCGGGUGAUGGAGGCGAGAAAGAGGGUGCUUGGAGAGGAGCAUCCAGACACGCUGGCCAGCAUGGGCAACCUGGCGUCAACGUACAGGAAUCAAGGGUGGUGGAAGGAAGCCGAAGAGCUUGACGUGAAAGCGAUGGAGAUGCGUAAGAGGGUGCUUGGGGAGGAGCAUCCAGAAACGCUAGCCAGCAUGAGUAACCUGGCAUUGACGUAUUGGAAUCAAGGGCGGUGGAAGGAGGCUGAAGAGUUGGAAGCAAAAGGACUAGGUAUAUGCUUAAGGGUGCUUGGGGAGGAGCAUCCAGAUACGCUGAUUAGCAUGGGCAAUCUGGCAUCGAUGUACAGGGAUCAAGGGCGGUGGAAGGAGGCAGAAGAACUGGAGGUGGAAGUGGUAGGAACGAGAAAGAGGGUGCUUGGGGAGGAGCAUCCAGACACGCUGAUCAGCGUGGCUAACCUGGCGUCGACGUACAGGAAUCAAGGGCGGUGGAAGGAAGCCGAAGAGCUUGACGUGAAAGCGAUGGAAACUUUCAAGAGGGUGCUUGGGGAGGAGCAUCCAGACGUGCUGACCAGUAUGGCUAACCUGGCGUCAACGUACAGGAAUCAAGGGCGGUGGAAGGAGGCCGAAGAGCUAGAGGUGCAGGUGGUGGAGACAAGAAAGAGGGUGCUUAGGGAUGAGCACCCAGAUACGCUGACCAGUAUGGGAAACCUGGCGUUCACGUUUUGGAAUCAAGGUCGGUGGGAGGAGGCUGAAAAGCUGGGUGUGCAAGUGAUGGAGACGAGAAAGAGGGUGCUUGGGGAGGACCAUCCAGACACACUAACUAGCAUGGGCAACCUGGCGUCGACGUAUUGGAAUCAAGGACAGUGGAAGGAGGCCGAAAAGUUGGGCGUGCAAGUGAUGGAGACGAGAAAGAGGGUUCUUGGAGAGGACCAUCCCUCCACACUGACCAGCAUGGGCAACCUGGCAUUAACGUUGUGGAAUCAAGGGCGGUGGAAGGAGGCUGAAGAGCUGGAGGUGCAAGUGGUGGAGACGUUCAAGAGAGUGCUUGGGGAGGAGCAUCCAGAGACGCUGACUAGCAUGGGAAACCUAGCGUCAACGUACAGGGAUCAAGGGCGGUGGAAGGAAGCCGAAGAGCUGGAGGUGCAAGUGGCGGAGACGAAAAAGAGGGUGCUUGGGGAGGAGCAUCCAGACACACUGACCAGCAUAAACAAUCUCGCAUUUAGGUCCAAGGCCUAAGGUCGCAAUAGCGAUACGAAUUUACCGAUGGCAAAAUGCUCUUAGCUACGAGAAAGUGUUCUCGGUCCUCAACAUCUAUACGCUAUGUCAUCGGUUACGACUCUGAAUCAGUGGCAGCUAGAGAACAUGGAGAUAGAGCUUAAAUAGGCGUUGUUUUGUGUUGCACUCUUGUAGAAAUGUGCGCGCAGGUUUCAAGUAUCUCCCGCUUCUUCCAGAACAGAGGGUUUCCAGCACACAGGGGGGAGGUUACGACCGCGAAAUCACUAUGCCUCAG